CAGCCAAGAUGGCGGCGGAGGCCGCGGGCUCGGUGGGGCCCGGCAGCGGCGGCGGGACGGGCCUGACGGACCUGCCGGGCGAGCUGCUGGAGCUCAUCCUCUGCUGCGACGUGUUGGGCGCCGCCGACAUCGGCCGCGUGUCCUGCACCUGCCGCCGGCUGCGUGAGGCGUGCCAGCCCCGCGGCAAGGUGUGGCGGGAGCGCUUCCGCCUCAGGUGGCCAUCCCUGCUGAAGUAUUACAGCCACAGUGACAGUGUCAGCUGGCUGGAGGAGUACAAGGCACGGCACAACGCGGGGCUGGAAGCACAGAGGAUUGUGGCUUCCUUCUCCAAAAGGUUCUUCUCAGAACAUGUCCCCUGUGAUGGAUUCAGUGACAUUGAGACUCUGGGGUGCCCCAGCCAUUUCUUUGAGGAUGAGCUGAUGUGUAUCCUCAACAUGGAAGGAAGGAAAGGUCUCACCUGGAAGUACUAUGCAAAGAAAAUUCUCUAUUUCCUACGGCAGCAGAACAUAUUAAAGAACCUGAAGGAGUAUCUGCAGCGCCCCACGGAGCGGCAGUCCUUUCUGGAGGGUGCUGUUUUGAUUGAUCAGUACUGUAACCCCCUGUCAGACAUCUGCCUGAAGAGUGUCCAGGCUCAGGUGGACGAUAUCACAGACAAAGUACGCAAAGUGCUGCGGACCAAGAACCCCAGGCACCCCAGCUUGGCUUCCAAGGCAGGAGAGAUUCUCAUUCCGGAAGUGGAACUUCAGAGGCAGGUGCUUGAUGCCAUGAACUGUGUCCUGUAUGAGCAGCUGAAGUACAAAGGAAAUGAGCUGGAUUAUUACAACUCCCUGAAUUCCUACAUUCACCAGGUUUUGAUCCGCAGGACAGGAAUUCCCAUCAGUUUGUCUGUGCUUUAUUUAACAAUUGCCAGGCAGCUGGGAGUCAAACUGGAGCCUGUCAACUUUCCCAGCCAUUUCCUCCUGCGAUGGUGUCAAGGGAAAGAAGGAAGCACAGAUAUUUUUGACUACACCUACAUCGAUGCCUUUGGGAAGGGGAAGCAGCUGACAGUGAAGGAGUGCGAGUACCUGAUCGGGCACCACGUGACAGAGGAGUUCUAUGGGGUGGUGACCUCCAAGGAGGUCCUGCAGCGCAUGGUGGGGAAUCUCCUGAACCUUGGCAAGAGAGAGAGCACUGACCAGUCCUACCAGCUCCUGAGAGACUCCCUGGACCUGUACCUGGCCAUGUACCCAGACAAUGUGCAGCACCUCAUGCUCCAGGCCAGGUUAUACUUCCACCUGGGAAUCUGGCCAGAAAAGGUUUUUGCUGUGGUUUGGAAGGUCCUGGACAUCCUGCAGCACAUCCAGGCCCUGGAUCCCUCCCAGCAUGGGGCUGUGGGGUACCUGGUGCAGCACACCCUGGAGCACAUCGAGCGGCGCAAGGAGGAGCUGGGCCCCGAGAUCAAGCACCGCUCGGAUGAGAAGCACAAGGAGGUUUGCUUCUCCAUUGGGCUCAUCAUGAAACACAAGAGGUAUGGCUACAACUGUGUAAUUUAUGGCUGGGAUCCUGCCUGCAUGAUGGGCCACGAGUGGAUCCGGAAUAUGAACGUGCACAGCCUCCCCCACGGCCCCCACCAGCCCUUCUACAAUGUCCUGGUGGAGGAUGGCUCCUGCAGAUACGCUGCCCAAGAGAACCUGGAGUACAACUCUGAGCCUCGUGAGAUCCCUCACCCUGACAUCGGCCGCUAUUUCUCAGAGUUCACCGGCGUUCACUACCUGGCAAAUACCGAGCUGGAAAUUCGGUACCCAGAGGAUUUGGAGCUCACCCGAGCCACAGUGCAGAAGAUUUACAGCUCAGGCAAGGAGUGAGUGCCAAAGGCAGCCUGGGGACAGAAGCAGCUGGAGUGUAGCUUUACCCUCUUUGCAGAACUUGCGUGGGAAGCAAGUUUGGUGACAAUCCUUUGGCUUAAUGCAUUGAAAACUGCAUUGAACUUGGAAAGUGGUGCUACAGCAUCUUCCCAUUGUCUGCCUGCCCAUCCUGGCCCGGAGGCACAGGGACACUUUGGUACUUGAGGCCCAGCAGAAGGAUCUCACAGUGACAGCUGUGCCAUGAGUGCUGUCCCUGGGAAGGAUCUGCACAUUCUGCUCCUUCUGUGGUGGCCUUAGAACGUCAACAAAGCAAGAUCCUGGUGUGGAAUAUGGAGGAACCCCCUCUUCCAGAGAAGGAAGUUGCUUGUCCUGGCAGUAUUUUUGUUUGGCUGUGUCUGUCUGGUUUGGUUUGAGUGUCUGUCCCAUGCAGGCAAUAGUUUUUAAAGUCUCACACGUUUCACUCUUGUCUUCUUCGGUCUGAAUUUUUGGGUCAGGUACUGCUUCACCUCAGUAGUCUGAUUGUUCUAGAGCUGCUGUUCCAAUCCUGAAUAUCCUUCUGGGCCUGGCAAUAUCCUUAUGGGCCUGGGAAAGAGCUCAGCCACAAAACCAGCAGCAGUGAGGCUCGUGGGGUGGCGAGCAGUGCUGACCCAGAGGCCAGGUGGCCACCUCGCCCAUGGCAGAGACUCCAAAAGCAGAGGAGGAGCUCCUGGCCCUUUUCCAGCUCGUGUCCUGACCUUGUUUUUUGGUCUGUCCAUCAUGUGUGUCCAAGGUGGGGUGUAUGGCACAGCCAUGAGUGUUCCCAGCAGGAUUUGGAACCUCGUGGGGAUGUUUGGUGGGACCUUGAGGGCAGCGCCAGAGUGACUUCAAAGGACAUGGAGCUGCCACUCCCUGCCAUCCCCAAUUUAAUUUUCCAAUAGGUAUUUAUGCAAUACAGUGGAAUGAUGACUGGAACCUGGCCAUCUCUGGAGGCAGCAAAAACAAUUACGGAAGCAAAAUGUUAAUUCCUGCAGCUUGAGGCCUUCUUCCUUCUUGCCAAAAGAAAAUGGAUUCUACGGGAGCACAGACCUGGCUGCCUACGAGGGAGGAGCUUUAGCAGCUCAGGCACAUGACUUUUAACCUUGACUUAAAGGCCCAGACAGAACCACUGCAGAAGAGGUUUCCCUCUGGGCUCAGGGGCUGUGGGGUGCAGAGUGACACAGUGUUGGUGCAUAUCUUUGUGGUUUCUGAAGCAAUGUGUGUAGAGUAGCUGCAGCUUGUGUCUCCUGUCACUGUCUACUUGCAGCACAGUAAUUCUCUCCGAGCUGACAAUUAGGGCCCUGUAGAGGUAGGUGGAUGCUCUUUAGUCUCUUACGCACUACAGGUAUCUCCACGUGGAAUCACAGCCCUCCUCUCCAGCAAUGCCUGCCCUGCAUGUCACCUCCUGCAUCCCUGAGCACUGGUUUGCUGUGGAAAUAAAUGCUGAGAGCCCAGCUCUUUGGUGGUGGUGGUCUGCAGGGAUCUGGGGCUCCAGAAAGAGCAGCCUGUGGGGAGAGUGUGAGGAGUGCUGAGGGGGCUCUGCUCCAAGCAGGACUCUGUCUUUAAAAGGUCAGAAUCCCAGAAUGGCUUGGGCUGGAAGGGACCUUAAAGCUCCUCUUGUUCCAUGGGCAGGAACACCUUCACUAUCCCAGGUCUGUACUGACGUGAACUUGGAGGGAAGGGAGGAGUUUCCAUUGUGAAGCAGGGCAGGGAAUCCUUGGGCAAAAAUCCUAAAAUCCAUCUCUUUUUCUUGAAGGUUGGGGUAGACAUCAGCCCUCCAACCUGUUUGAAAGCAGAUCCCAAAAGAUUCCUGGCAGGGAUGCAAGGUUGGGAAUGGGGGUGAUGAGUGCCAAGGUAGCUGAGAUGGGCAGAGCAGGUCUUGGGCUCCCCAUUCCCAGCUGUCAGCAAGAUUCCUGGGAUUUUGUGCUCCCUUCUGUUGGCACCUGGGCCUCUCUUCUGCAGUGUAUCCAGGGAAUUGGAGAGCUCACAGGAGCCCUCAGCACAAGGAGCUGCCUGAGGUACAGCCAUGCCAUGAAAGAGCCAAUGGCCAGCACCCAGAGUUUCCCUGAGAACUGGCCAGUGCUUGCCAACCCACCUGGAAAGCUGGUGCAUGCUUCAGGGGUGCCAGAGCUGCCAGCACGACCCUUUUGUUCCUCUUUUGGGGCCACUCUGCUCAUACCCUGAGAAGAGCCUGGCCCAGGAGGAAGUGUGGGAGCUGUUGCUCACCACAGGCUGGUGUGCUUGGGGUACAGAAGGGAACAGCCUUGGGUGUUCAGGGCAGCCCAGCAGCCCUGGAGCUCAAUCCUCAUCCAGCUGGCAGGAGCUUUUGGAGGAGCUGUGACCUCAGACAGCUCUGCCUGCUCUGGGUGCUGCCCACAUCCAUACAUGGGAUGUGGGUGUUGGGGUCACCCAGAGCAUCAGCACAGCCUUGGGAGUGCCAAAUUUGGAAAAGAUUGGGCUGUUCCAGUAUUUUUUCCACAUAGUCUCAGCCCAGGGACCAAGUCAGAUUUUGGAAUUUGAGGCAAACCCAAAGGGAAUGAGUUCACUUGGUUUCCCAUUUGGGAAGGAUGUCCCCACUGCCUCCCAUUGCUGCUUGCCCUGGGUGGAGUCUUUGGUCUUGGUGAGGAGAAACUCCUGGGAGCACCUGCUGCUGUGGGAGGCCUCAUCCCAGCAUCCAGGGUGGCCAGGGAAAGCUGGAAGCCCCCAGGAUUUCCCUAUGUCCGUGCUGGAGCAGCCUCUUGGAAUGCACCUGGGUUCCCAGAGGCUGCACAUCCACAGCCCAACACUGUGGGAACACCUCUGGGGGACAGUGGGGUGGCAUUUUGGGGUUUGCCUGUGCCCCCUCCUGGCAGUGCAGGCAGUCACCUUUUCCCCAGGAAGGCAGCAGUGAAUCCCAAAAUCUCCAUGUGUCUGUGAGUACUGUAAUCCAUGGUAUCUGUGUUCAAGGUGGUGCCAGUGCUGUCCCUGGGGAUUUGUCCUGUCCUGUCUGUGUGGAGCUCUCCCACACAGAGUUGUGGGGCUUUCUCAAGAAGGUGGAAUUUCUUCCCUUCUCUCCUACCAGGUGCAAAGCCUGGCCAGGUCGCUCCUGUGCAGUGCCAAAGUCCUUAGGAGAAGGAAUUCCCUGCAGGGUGAAUUCCCUGCAGUUCAUGUCAUGUUCUCCUUCCCUUUCUGUGUCACAGGCCACCUGUCCUGGGGACAGAACAGCCCCGGUGCUCUCGUGUUAAAAUCCAGAGGGUGAAGGAAAAAAUAAGAGGAUGGGGGAAGAGGAAGCUGGGACGGGGCAGGCAGGAAGCAAGUACUGACUGUCUGGAUCAUAAGGAAAAGCCAGGGCUGGUUCCAAGCUUUACCACUGGAUGUUGGCACUCACAGAUGUUCCAGGCACUGCCAUUCCCAGGCUUCCUCUGGCAUGGAGUGAGUCCUGUGGACAAACCCUGGGAGGUUUGUCCACCCCUUGGGGGCAGAGGUCUCCAUGUGCUGCUGCUCCAGGCCAGGCUCAGGAGCUGCUGGCACCCUGCAGCAGCAAAGGGGCAGGGAGGGAGAGCUCCAGCUCAUGGAUCCUCUUGGGAAGCACUUCCAACCCCUUUGGAUCCAUCCUACCACCCAGGGACACACAGCACCCUGACAGCUGAGGGCAGGGAGUGAAGCCUCUGACAAACCAUGGGAGUUUGUCCACAGUCUUUGCAGGAAAACCAAACCGUGGGAGCCCUGGGGCCAGGGAGAGCUGUGUCCUCUGGGGCAGGAGGGUGAGAGGAGGAAAGGGCUGCUCUGGGCUGGAGAAGGGUCUCUGACAUCUCCUCGUCCCUUGCAGGCCACCUCCACCUGCACACGAGCUGGCUCCAGGUACUGUCCUGAUCCAUUUUGGGCAUCUCCAGGGAUAUCCCAACUCUGUGGGCCCUGCCUGCCUCCCUGCUGGCUCUUCCCCCAGGGGAUGGGGGAUACGGGGACUGUGGCAGCAGGGACAGAGUGCUGCAUGUUUUCCCUCCUCCUCCUGCCUGGAAGUGCCUGGACUGGGCAAAAUUCCACAUUGGAUGGAAAACUGCUGGCCCAAGAAUGGAGGGUGAGGAGCCCUGAGCUCCGGGGCCCCUGAUGCCGACAGCUGAGGUUGCAAGAUGGGGACAUCUCUCCUUCCUUUGUUUUUAUUUAUAAACAGGUAUUUUCCUGGACAGCUGGAGGCUGGAAAUUAUUUCAUUCCUUUCCUGUUUAUAUUUGGCUUUAAACAAAUAAACAACACUGACUUGCUACCUAC